AUGAAUGAGUCCAAUUCAGAUAAUCUUGAUCAUUAUUUGGAUGAUUUUUUAUUUGCUGGUAAAAGUAAUACUGAGGAUUGUAAAAAUCUUAUGAAUAGUUUUGAUAGAGUAUGUUGUCGUCUUGGAGACCCAAUUGCUCAUGAAAAAACAGAAGGCCCAACAACAAAACUUAGUUAUCUAGGUUUACUUAUAGACACAGAAAAAAUGCUAAUACAAAUUCCGGAGGACAAAGUAUUGGAGUUAAAGUCAAAAAUUAAAUGGGUAUUGGGUAGGAAAAAGAUAACUUUAAGGGACCUACAAUCUUUGUGUGGGUCAUUAGCUUUUGGUGCAAAAGCUCUACCUGCAGGCAGAGCAUUUAGCAGACGAAUUUAUUUGGCAAGUAGUCAUGCAAAGAAACCACAUCAUUAUGUCAGAAUCACAGAAGGCAUGUAUCAAGACUUAUUGGUAUGGGAAUUGUUUUUAGACAAAUUUAAUAGUACUAGUUACAUGCUCGACAUUGAUUGGACUUCAAAUUCAGUUUUACAACUAUUUACUGACAGCGCUGGUGGUUCAACAAAAGGGUGUGGCUGGGAUUUCCAAGCGCAACCACCAGAGAGACGACGCGGAAAGAGAAACCGUGCAGUUGCUGCACCAAGAAAUCAAAAUGUGGGGGCAAUUGUUGGUGAAGUACAAGUACAAGCACCUCUUCCUCUACAAAUCCAGGCUCAUUUGCCAAUUGAAAGACAACCUGCCUUGCAAGGUCCAGCACCAGCAAUAAACGUACAAGCGCCAUUUGCGCAAGUUGAAAUACCAGCUCCUGUGCCAAUGCCUAAUCAAAAUGCUUGUCUUAGUAAUGAAAUAUGGAUUAUUGGUUCUUCAAUAAUAUGCAGUGCUCGUGAUCACUCGGAGAACAGACCUUCAGGUAGUCAUUUAGGUCUUUUGAAAAAUAAUAAUUGUUUUUUGCGAUGGGCAGGCAAAUCUGGUAUGAAAUGGGACGAUGUUGUUGGCACAGUUAACAGCAUCAUUAAUUUAUGCAACAAAAUUCCACAUGCGUUGAUAUUGCAUUGUGGUGGGAAUGACAUAGGAAAUGUACCAUGUGGUGCUCUGCUAUAUCACAUUAAAUUCACAAUAGCAAUUCUGUCUCGCAUGCUCCCAAAUUGUUCUCUUAUAUGGUCAAGCAUUCUUCCCAGGCGUUCAUGGCGUUACUCAAGUGAUGACCAUGUCAUGGAAGUUACAAGAAAGAGAAUAAUUAGGGGAGUGAGAUCUUAUAUACUCAAACAUGGAGGAUACGUUAUCAAAUAUCCAGAUUUUGAUGAUCGUCAUCCAGCGCUAUAUUCUGACGAUGGAGUACAUCUAUCAUUUAUUGCAAAUGAUAUUUUCUUGAAUCAAAUUCAGUCAGCACUAGAAACAUUCAUAAAGUAUCCACAUUGUGUUAUAUUUCCUCACGAUCACCUCUAAUUUAAAAUAAACACAGUUCAUACUGAUAU